UGGGCGAGAGCGAAGAAAUGUGUCCUUAAGCGAAGGGGGUCGUACUUUUUGGCUGAGUGAGGGAAAAAAAAAAAUUACACAAGAGAAAAAUCUCGUUUUUGUGGGUCGAGUGUCAAGGACGUUGGAUUUGACUCGAUCUUGUCCUGAAGCCGGCUUCUCCCGUUAGGAGUCACAAGGCUUGUUAAUCUGCCUCGGUCGUCGGGUCUCCAGUCCUGUCCAGCGCAGCGUCACCUCGUCCCGGCAGGACUGUCCUAAACCAAAGAUGGAGCAGGUUUCAGAUGAUGAGUUGGACCACGCAGCAGAGGAGGACAGUGAUAAGGAGGAUCAGGACCUAGACAAGAUGUUCGGAGACUGGUUGGGAGAACUGGACAAACUCACACAGAGUUUGGAUGACGGGCGUCCAGGGAAGGUACACAAAGCUCCUCUCAGAGAAGAGACCAACCUGGCCAACUUCUCCUACCGAUUCUCCAUGUACAACAUCAACGAAGCCAUAAACCAGGGCGAGCCGGUCGACCUGGACGCCCUCAUGGCUGACCUCUGCUCCAUUGAGCAGGAGCUUAGCACCAUUGGCAAGCCUUCCUCCGGCCGCCCGGUGGACCCCAAAACCCGGCAGCGCCCCGGCCCAGGUCGCUCGGGCAGCGCCCGUCAGGUGGGGGGAGGGGGCGGGGCCGGGGGCGGGAGCAGCAGUGGGGGCAGCGCCUGCAGCAGCACCCGGGCCUCCCCUGCUAGCACUGUCCGCGGAGGUCAGCCCCGCCCCCUCGCUUCUAACUUCUCCUUGGAUGACAUCACUGCCCAGCUGGAGAAGGCGUCGCGGAGCAUGGACGAGGCGGCGCGUCAGACCUCACCCUCGUCCUCCUCCUGCUCCUCCUCCUCGCAUUCAUCGGCCGCGCCACGCAGCGCCAUGGCGACGGCGGGCCCGCACCACCGGCGCACCGGCUCGGCGGGAACGCUCGGCGAAGCGGAGGCACGCUCGGUCGGACAUUCAUCGCGCUCCAGCAUUAACUCCGCCUCUGCCUCCAGCACGGAUUCGCUGGACAUGAGGGGGCAAGAGGGGGAGGGGCAUGGGGCAGGGAUGGGCCACGCCCACAAGAGUGCAAACCUGAAUCAGACGAGCACAGAGCACUCCUACCUGGACAGGGAGACCUCCCUGAUUCUCAAAAGCAUUGCGGGGAAACCCUCUCACCUGCUGACCAAGGAAGAGCAAGCUGCCAAAGCAAAGGCUGAGAAAAUCCGUGUGGCUCUGGAGAAAAUCAAAGAAGCCCAGGUCAAAAAGCUGGUGAUCCGCGUACACAUGUCGGACGAGAGCUCAAAAACGAUGAUGGUGGACGAGAGGCAGAGUGUGAGGCAAGUGCUAGACAGCCUGCUGGACAAAUCCCACUGUGGGUACAGCCCCGACUGGGCCCUGGUGGAGACCAUCACCGAGCUGCAGAUGGAACGUAUAUUUGAGGACCAUGAGAACCUGGUCGAGAACCUGCUUAACUGGACCAGAGACAGUCAGAACAAGCUUAUGUUCAUCGAACGCAUCGAGAAGUACGCGCUCUUCAAGAACCCGCAGAAUUAUCUCCUGGGGAGGAAGGAGACCUCGGAGAUGGCAGACAAGAACAAGGAUGCGCUCCUGGAGGAGUGUUUCUGUGGUGGCUCGGUGUCAGUGCCCGAGAUCGAGGGUGUACUCUGGCUGAAGGAUGAUGGGAAAAAGUCAUGGAAGAAGCGCUACUUCCUACUUCGAGCAUCUGGCAUCUAUUUUGUGCCUAAGGGCAAGGCAAAGGCAUCCAAAGACUUGGUGUGCUUCUUGCAGUUGGACCAUGUCAAUGUUUAUUAUGGACAAGACUACCGGAGCAAAUACAAGGCUCCUACCGAUUACUGCCUUGCACUCAAGCACCCUCAGAUUCAGAAGAAGUCCCAGUACAUCAAGUAUCUGUGCUGCGAUGAUGUCAGGACCCUUCAUCAGUGGGUCAACGGGAUACGCAUCGCUAAGUAUGGGAAACGGUUGUAUCUGAACUAUCAGGAGGCCAUGAAGCGCACUGAGGCUGCCUACGACUGGUCAUCUCUUUCCAGCUCCAGCAUGAAGUCUGGCACCAGCUCAGCCAGCGUCCCUGAGUCACAGUCCAACCACUCACAGACAGACGGUGGCGUGCCGGACGGCACCUCUUCCUCCCAUGGCCGCUCUCAGAGCGUGGUCAGCUCCAUCUUCUCCGAAGCCUGGAAGAGAGGCACGCAGAUAGAGGAAAGCACCAGGUCAAGACCAGAGUCGACGCGCUCGAUCCAUUCUACCCACAGUGGACAUGGUGGACACAAUGUACACAGCGUCCACUCCUGCCCUGCUAACCCUCCUUACGUGGCUCAGCAGCAGCCUAUACACGCGUCUGCGCAGACGCAGACGCAGUCUACCUCCCCCGGAAGCAGUCCCCCCACACCUAUCCAAGCUCCACCCCAGCCCUCUCCAGCUCCAUCCCCUCCUCCACCACCACCUCCGCCCCCACCUCCCCCUGCCAUCAUCUCCCACCAUUCAGCUCCACCCGUAUUUGCCAAAUACAGCACUAUUACCCGCCUGAAGAAUUCCUCUCAGGCUGCCAAGCCACACCCCCAAGCCCAGCAGGUGCUUCCAACUCCACCCCCUCAGGCUUUGAAGCCCCACCUCAACAAUGUUCCGCCAGGUGCAAUUGUCCCACCUCCACCACCACCUCCUCCAUUAGCACCCCUGCCUGCUCCAGGUUCAGCCAUGGCUGCCCUGAAAUUUGGACCUAUGAGCCCAGCCACAGUGCCUCACAUUACCCCAUCAUCCUCACCUCCACCUCCGGCGCCCAUCCAGCCCCAUCCUCCGCCUCCUCCUCCUUCUGUACCUAUUCAGUCCCAACCUCCUCCACCUCGUCCUCCUCCUGUACCCAUCCAGUCCCAGCUUCAUCCAUCUCGCCCUCCUCCGGUACUUAUGCAGUCCCAACCUUUUCCACCUCCACCUCCAUCCCUUGUUCAGUCCCAACCUCCUCCGCCUCGUCCUCCUCCGGUACCCAUGCCGUCCCAACAUUUUCCACCUCCAGCCCCUGUUCAGUCCCAGCCUCCUCCACCUCCUCCUCCUCCUCCUCCUCCUCCUCCAGUACCCAUGCAGUCCCAACCUUUUCCACCUCCACCCCCACCUGUCCAGUCCGAACCUCUCCCCCCUCCACCACCCCCACUACAAACUAAUGGCUUGCCUCCACCACCUCCACCCCAGCCAGCUGCCCCUUUGCUAACUUCUAAUGGCCUCAAGCAUGUCCCGUCCCAGAAGUUUCCCACCUUAUCGAGGGAUAUGUCGCCUCCAGACAGUCAAGCUCAGUCUCCUCCACCCCCUCCUCCUCCUCUGCCUCCUCCACCCCCCACUCCACCGGCCCCUCCUCUCCCACCUGAACAGCCUUCGGUCCCAGCACCUCCACCACCUCCACCACCUCCACCAGGCCCCACGCAGCAGCUUGGUCCACCCCGAGCCUUGCCCAAAAUAUUCACUGGAGGAUUUCCACCCCAAACUGCACCAAAACCUUCAGGCGGCAUCCUGCCAGUGUCCCCAGCUAGUCCCCUUCCCGCUGUUCCUCCUCCACCUCCUCCACCACCUCCACCACCUCUUCCUACAACAGUGAAAUGUCAUCCACCUCCUACACUACCCAAGCAACACAGCAUCUCAAAGUCUUCGCCAGUCUCCAGCCCAGCCUCUGCUACAACAUCCUUGGUCAAGCAGAUUGCCAGCCAGUUCCCUGGGGCAGCUCCUCCAGCAGUCAGCCAUGCUGAGAACCUUAAAGCUCCCCUUUCACCACCUGCAGUGAAGGCUAAACCAAAAUGGCAGCCUGGUGGACAAGUCCAGCAGCUACAGAAGUCACCCGAGUUUCCUCCUCCUCCUCCUCCGGAGACCACACUUGCCUUCCCACCCCCACCCCCACCUCCACCUCCAUCCGCACAUGCUCCACCUCCACCAGGCCCAACUCCCCCUCCUCCUCCUCCACUUCCCCCUACCCAAUUAGGUUCCCCCAUGAAGAAGUCUCCCUCUGGAUCCUAUGCAGGGGGCAAGAGGCCCCCACCAACCCCGAAGCGUAAUUCCAGCAUCAAGUCCAACUCUUCGGCCGAGUACCAAGAGUCCCGACGCAACUUGGUGAGCAAGUUCAACCCCAGUGCAGCAGCUUCUGCUCCAGUGUCAUCCUCUGGUUCACCUUCCAAGGACUUGCCCACUGGUCCACCUGCACCCCCCAAACCUGGCAAACUGAAUCUGACCAGCCUACCACUCGCCUUGCAGAACAGAGUGGCCACUGCAGAUUUUCCAUCUCCUCCCCCUCCAGAGAAUGACAUUUUCCCACCUCCUCCAUUUGAGAUGGACCUCCCACCUCCACCGCCGCUUCCAAGUGAUCUCCAUGCAGGCACACCCAAAGUAGCUGUGGUGAACCCCCAGCCCAAGCCUACCUGGAGCAAGAGCUCCCUGAAGAAGACGGCGCCUCCAACAUCACUCCGCCAGAGCAACACCACACCUGAUCCACCGCCUUCCUUUCCGGGAGGGCCUGCUCCUCCAACCUCCCCAAAGAGCAGCGCUCAGCCAAAUUUUCUGGACGACCUGAACCGGACUCUGAGACGCAAGUCCUUGCGCAGCUCUGGAGCCAAGUUGGACCCUGUGGCCACCAUGGAUGACAUGGCCCUGCCUCCGCCUCCUCCAGAGCUGCUUCUUGAUGAGCAGAGGCACAGCGGGAGUGGGUUCAUGUCUGGCAACAUCUCUGGCUAUGCAACACUAAGGCGAGGACCACCUCCUACCCCACCCAAACGGGACCAAAGUACAAAACUGACAAACUGAGUGUACCAGAACUUCCUUGCACGGUCUCCCUACUUGUCUCUCCUACAGGGUUGUUCUGCGUUUUAAACAGUGCGCUCAUGUGACUCUAUGGACAAAAGAAAACAAAAGGACUUUCAGCUUUAAUACAGAUUGGUUCCACUUGGUGUCAAAUUCUGUUUCAAAAUAUGACAUGAAAUCUCUGCAACAUACUGGUACUGCAUGGACAUGGGGCAAAAUUAAUAGUCGACAUACAAAAGUUCAGUUUAUUUUUGGGUGGUUGAAUGUUGUGCACUACAGGGAUGGAAAUGAAUAGGGAGGAUACAUUUUGCUUUUGUUUUUUUUAUAUAAAUUUAUUUAAAAGUUUGAAGAGAUUUUCUUAUUUUGAACUGUUUGAGGGAGCAGUAGAGAUUAGGUGAUUUUGUACAGAGAAUUUUUGACUGGUCUUUUUUGCCUUUUCCUGACAAGAGACAGAUUUAAAUUUAGUGGUCAAUGAAUGUGUUUAGCAUUUGGCAAGAGUGCUUCAGAAAGGUUUAGUGUUCUUUGAGCCUCCUUAAGUUGUUAGGUAGCAAUUGUUUCAGGAAACAUGUUGUAUAAAAGGAUGGAAGCUAUUUGACAAUUUGUUAGCAGUUGGAAAAUGUUGGAAAAAUUACGUCUACAAGGUUUGCGAGCAAGAGCCGUUAUUUGUUAAAGGGCAUUUAAACAAGUCACAAAAGUGAACAGACCCCUGUUAAUUUCUGUUGGUUUAUUCUGUGAGAUUGUGGAAUACAUGUUAGUUGGACUUGUCUGACUUAUUUCCUUUAGUUACAUACCUGCAGUAUCUGGCUGUAAAAUCAUCUGCUUUACCUAUUUGACUGGUCCUGCCACCUUCUGGUCAAGAUUCAUGUGUCUUGGCAACAGCUGUACAUUUAUCAAGAAACUGACAUUGGGUCACAUGACUUAUAAAAUGGGAGCAAUUUCCUACUUAA